UUAUGAUCGCACGACACACUCCAUGUGACUCGUUUUCACUUUGUAGAAACGGACGAAGAUGAGAGAUAGAUAGAUGUAAAGCCUAGAUCGGAUGACGCAAAGUGAAAAGACCCUAAUUUUAGAAGAAGCAGUUUCAUUAGUAACUAAACUAACCAAAUAACUGAAUCAGAGAUCAAAAUCCCCCUUCUCUUACAAUUAACAAUAAAUUCUGACUGAAUUCCUACAAUUAAUCCAAACCUACCAUGAUCCACAAAAAACACCAUUUCUCAAUCAUAAGAUCCACCCUCAUCAUCCUCCUCUCCAUGGCAACCCUCCCAUUCCUCUUCUUCAUCUUCCUCACCCUCCCUCACUCUCACUCUCACUCCUCCCCAAACCUCAACCUCAUCCAACAAGCCUGCAAAUCCACCCGCUUCCCUCACCAAUGCCAAACCUCCCUCUAUUCCCACCCCCACCCAACAAACCCCACCCCCCUUCAAAUCAUCAACUCCGCCAUCUCACUCUCUUAUCAAAACCUCAAAACUGCAGAAUCAUUACUCAACUCCAUCCUCCAUGCCUCCUCCUCCGUGCACAACCACACGCGCACCACCCUCGCUAAAAGCUGUCUUCAGGUUUUCAAAUACUCUCAACACCGUACCUCUCUCACCCUCGAAGCUCUCUCACGUGGUAAAAUCAAAGAUGCACGUGCUUUCAUGACUGCUGCUUUGGCUUAUCAGUAUAACUGCUGGUCUGGUCUUAAAUACGCUAAUGAUACUGAAUUAGUCUUCAAAACCAUGUCGUUUCUUGAAUCUCUCACCAACCUAUCCAGCAAUGCGCUUAGCAUGAUUCUCUCUUAUGAUCUCUUUGGUAAUGAUACUGAUUCGUGGAGGCCGCCGAGAACAGAACGGGAUGGUUUUUGGGAGGAUUCUGGGUCGGGUGUGUUUGGUUCUGGACCGUCUGUGCCGGUGGAUCUUACACCGAAUGUUAGGGUGUGUAAAGAGGCUUACACGGACGCCGGCAGUGGGUGUUAUAAGACAGUGCAGGAAGCUGUUGAUGCUUCGCUUGAUGAUUUGCCAGUUGGAGAGAGAUUUGUGAUACAUAUAAAGGAAGGGGUUUAUGAAGAGAGGGUUAGGGUUCCGUUAAGGAAGAGGAAUGUUGUGCUUUUGGGUGAUGGCAUUGGUAAGACUGUUAUUACUGGCUCUUCUAAUGUUGGACUACAGGAAGGGAUGACAACCUAUAACUCUGCCACUGUAGGGGUUGUUGGGGAUGGAUUCAUGGCAAAGGAUCUUACUAUUCAAAACACAGCAGGUGCGAAUGCUCACCAAGCAGUAGCAUUCAGAUCAGACAGUGAUCUUUCUGUUAUUGAGAAUUGUGAAUUAAUAGGCAAUCAAGAUACUCUCUAUGCUCAUUCCUUGCGGCAGUUUUAUAAGUCUUGCCGGAUUAUAGGCAAUGUGGACUUUAUUUUUGGAAACUCGGCUUCAUUCUUCCAAGACUGUGAAAUACUAGUCCAGCCGAGGCAAGCAAGGCCAAAGAAAGGGGAGAACAAUGCCAUUACUGCACAUGGUAGAACAGAUCCUGCUCAGUCGACAGGUUUCGUUUUCCACAACUGCUUGGUUAACGGUACCAAGAAAUAUAUAGAGUUGUUUAAUGACAAUCCUAAAGUACACAAAAACUAUCUCGGAAGGCCAUGGAAGGAGUAUUCUAGAACAGUUUUUAUUAAUUCCUUCUUGGCAGCCAUAAUCACACCAAAGGGUUGGUUGCCAUGGAGUGGAGAUUUUGGACUGAGAACACUCUACUAUGGGGAAUUUGACAACUCUGGACCUGGUUCUAAUUUAACUAAGAGAGUGACUUGGAGUAGCCAGGUUCCUGCUGAACAUGUGUCCACAUAUUCAGUACAGGGUUUCAUUCAAGGUGAUGAUUGGGUUCAUCGUAUCGGUUAUUCGCUCAUGGAUGGAUGGGACUAAGCAAUGGUAGAGCUAUGAUUAUGAAUAUGAGGCGUCAGUAAAUGGGGAAUUUUGCAUAUUGUUUUCCACAUCUGCUUUGCAAACUGUUGAUAUAAUGAUGAUUUCAAAAAAGCCAUGGGGGGAGAAAGGAGUUCCAAUGCAUCAGUUUUCCUGGUAGAUACACUUGGUUGAUCCUACUCUGCCCCUGCAUAUUCUUUUUGUAUGAUGUGAUGGCUGUGGUAUAGAAUAAUGAUCUGAUCUUGUAUAAUUAGUAAAUUUAAUUACAAAGCUUUCCAUCUACAAUGUAACUAGACAACAAGGAUAUGGAAGGAAACUCCAUUAUGGCAACGUUUUAAUCUCAGUUUCUUUUCAAAUUAUAGAGCUGUAGCAAGGACAAUAUCAAUGUUUUAUCCAUGAUUCCGGUCUCUGGUGAGAGGACUUCUAUCAUAGCCCUUUCCUUUAAUAAAAUAAAUCUAGUCGAAGUUGAAGUUUUGA